UACCGUCCAGCAGCGUUGCCAAUAGCUCUCGCUUGACAUAAUGCUGUGUAAAAAACUUUAACAAGCCCACACUGUACCAGAUACACAGAGGACAGCCAGCGUUAAGGAGAUUAACUCCUGAUCCGUGAAGUACAGGACCUUGAAAGUUAGCAUGCCGUUGGCUGCCAUGGUGACGGAGGCACGCUAAUCCAGAGAACCUCGGCAGUGUUGACAGAAAGUUUGUUUUUAAGCGGAGACACAGCCCCUGGAACAGCUAAUGGCUCAAGGCUUAAAGGUUGUUUUUUUUCUCUCGCUCUCUUUAUAAAUGAACGAUAAAGAGAUUUAAGGAGCAUGAGCAGGAGGAUGCAGUAAACAUCUGUGGAGAUGCCCGUCUCCUCACAACAGAGAAGGAUUUAUAACGAGGGGAGUUUACUGGCAGUAAAAAGUUUGCGUCGCGUCAAGGUUAACACAAGGACCAGCACAGUUAUACCGUGGAAGUAAAUAUGAAGAGUCCAGGAUACGAGUACUGUGUGUUUGGGAGAGGAAACAGGACGCUUUCGUUGUAAGGUAUCAAAGAGUAAACGCGUCUCUGAGAAUAUGGUGAGAAAUAAAAAUAUUGGUGGGCAUCACAGUCGGUCUUCCACAUGCAAGACAAAAAAGGCUGGCUCCCAGAUUGCAGCCAGCAAGGACCUGACUCCUCUGGAUGACACAGCCGGUGGUGACAUCCCUACUCCUUAUCCAGAGCUCCAGAUCACUGGCAAAGGUCAGCUGGGCUUUCCAGACACAGUCUACCUGCUGGCAUCAGUCAUCUUCCAGAAUAACCACCUGGAGAAGCCUGCUGCCCACCGGUUGGUGAAUUACGGCAAAGAGAGGGGGCUCCGGUUACCCGACGUCAAAGAUGAGGAGAUGCAACGUACAGCUUAUGAGCUGGCAUUCAAUACACUUAAAUAUCAAGAACUGCUGGAGGACAUCAUGAUUGACAGCUGCUUUUACCUCAGUCAGUCUACGACAGAUGAUCAGAUGAGCCUUGUUGCUGUCAUGCUCUAUGACUUCCAGGACAGAAAGUUCCUCCCACGGAAACGCCAGGGUGAGGAAGAGCUCAUACAGAAAGUUAGAGAUGUGGACGACAUCCUGCUCAGGUUUAAAACCAAGCUGGCAGCCUCUCUGGCCCGCUGCAGGAUCAAACAUGACCUCUUGUCCAUUGAGUGUAUCCUGCCGGAGAGUGUGAAGAUGAAGCAGGAGAGAUCAAGCUGCCUGCCACUGUACGCAUGGGUCAACACACUGAAGAGCAGCCUUGAUGAGGUCCAACGUGAGCUGAGGAGUGCUGGCUUCUCUGAGGUAAAAUCGAUUGGGCAGCUGGACGGCCAGACUUUCUGCCUCGAUCCCCACUGUGGGGAUGUACUGGUUCUCCCUGCUCAGCUGAAGGCUCAGCUGUGCUCCACCAAGCUGCUUAGUGACCACAAACUCAUCAUACAGGACAAAUCAUGCAGCCUGGGUCCAAACGCAGUGUCUUCCUUGCUGCCAGAAGAAGGAGAUGUUCUUAUGGUGGGCUGCUUCUCUGGCCUGACUGUCUCCCACACUGCCUCCCUAAUUGCAAAGAAACUUGAAGCCAAUGGCAAGGGCCAGCCCACAGUCUACGUUUGUGUCGGCGAUCGGACAAAUGCUCAGAGGGCAGAGCUACAGCGGGUUGUCACUGCCAUGGGUUGCAAGAAUGUGAAGCCAAUACAAGAAGACUUCCAGUCUUUGGAUUUGAGUGACAAGCGACUUCAGAGGGUGCGAGUCAUCCUGUUGACCCCCAAGUGUUCUGUGUCUGCAGUCAGCAACCUGGUUGAAUACAUACUGCAGGAGAAAGGAGACACAGACCUGCUGCAGGACUUAUCCCAGGGUGCCAUAGCCCAGAGCAAACUGGAAGCUCUGGUAGCCCAGCAGAGAAAGGAUAUUGAUCACGCCUUGAAAUUCCCUAAGGUUUUGGCAGUGGUGUAUUCUACCUGUUCAUCAUACCCGGAGGAGAAUCAGGAGGUGGUGAGCAGAGCUCUGGAGCGAGCCAAGACAUGCUCAGAGCAGGAGGGGGAACCAAAACGAGCGAACUUCAGCCUGAGGCUUAGUCCAUCCCCGUUCAACAUUCCUGACCAUGCUGAGAGCCUGGCAGAAACGGAGCACUUCUUUGUUUUGGAGCCCUCUGAAGACAGCAAUGGCUGCUUUCUGGCUGUUAUCAACAGAGAGCCAGAGCCAGUGGUCGAAGGGGCACCCCAUGAAGUGAUUCUCAGGGCAAAUGCCAAAGGGAUACUGGACAGGAUCGGCUCCAACCAACAGCUAACCAGAAAAGAGAAGCGCAGUCAUACCAGCAAGACGACGAAAAUAACUAAUGCUCACAACUCUCAGUCCAACCUCUCUGUCAGUAUGCAAUCCAGAAACCAAGAGAUGAUGGGCAGCAGCAGUAGGACUUUGUGUGGACAUAAGCCGCAGUCAUUACAAGGAAAAGCCAAAGCACUGCAGUCACAGGCUUCAAAGCACACCGUGUCCAGCUCCCUCUCUUCUUCCAAACAUGACAGCACCUCCUCCUCCAAAUCAGAAAAGAACACAACCAAGAAAAGCAUUCAGCCUGUACUCAACCUGACAUCGUCCACCUCCUCCCUGCUUCCUGGCCCUCCCCCUGGUACCCCGCUGGUCCCGGUUGUCCGUCCCCGCAGAGCUCAUCAAGAGAUGCUGAAGCCUGUGGUGCUCGUCCUGCCUCGCGUUCACUUCCCAGACUUUUCCCCACCUCAACACAGCGGAAUAGGGUUCAGCCCUAGCUUCGACUACAACCAGUGGAGGAGCCCUGCUCCCAGUGUACCCCUGGCCCGCUCCAGUCUCACCAAGGAUGCUAUGGUCGAAUCCCGGCCUCUGUUUUGAGCUCACAAACACCAACACUACUAUAAGAGAAGUAUUAACUGUUGUGCCAAAUGUAUAAAUAGUCAGUAGUAUAUAUUUCUAACACCAGAAUGUAUACAGUGUUAUUAAACUGCCCAAUGUAGGUCACCUUAAAUGGUUGUAGAGCCAUUAUUACUUGUCAUUAUUGCUAUGUCAUUGUAACAGCGUCUUUGUGUGCCAUAAAGAACAACCUUGCCACAGUCAGACUCUAAUCAAGCUGUGUAUAUUUAUAGGGCCAAUGUCAUUUCAAUGUGACUGCAUGAUGAAUAGCUGUAAGAGUACAUGGGCUUCCACUGACCUGAAAUAAUAAAGGACAUAUUCAAGAA